CGUCCUAGGUUUGACGUUUCACACUUCAGAAAUAAAGCGCGCAAACGAACUUUGAACGUAUUUUUAAAAUUUGCGUAGCUAAAUCGUGAAUAUUAUAAACAUUUUUGUCAAUUUUGAACAGUCAAGUGUCGGAUUUUGUGCAAUUUCAAUAAUAUUUAUCUUAUCAACCAUGCUGGUGAAGUCAGUGAUUUGUAUUUAUUUGUGUGUGUAUUAUUUGUGACAAUUUUUAUGUUCUUGUGGAACAAUAGUAUUCAGUAUACAUGCUUGGGUAAUUAAGUUUUCUUGCUCAGAAGCUCAGCUGAUCAACGCGAGGAUGUUUGUGGAUGACCUGAGGACCGAUUUCUACCAGCGGUUGAUCGGCAAACGAAUUCUAGUGAUUGUAAAUUAUGACAUCGAUGCCAUUUGUGCUAGCAAGAUUCUUCAGGCCUUGUUCAAAUAUGAUAACAUGCUGUAUUCGAUUGUCCCGAUCAUGGGAAUGAGUGGUGUCGUUCGAGCGUACGCUGAGAACAAAGACGAUGUCAAGUUUGUGCUGCUGAUCAAUUGCGGUGGCUGUGUUGAUAUCGUGGAAGUUCUUCAACCGCAAAGAGACGUGAUAUUCUACAUUUGUGACUCCCAUCGUCCGUAUCAUGUUUGCAAUGUCUAUAGUGAUGAGCAGGUUCGAAUUCUUGGUGAAGUAAAUCCUGAAGAAAGCAUCCCGGAGUUCGAUGCCAUCUUUCAGGACUCAGAGUCGGAGGAAGAGGAUGUUGAGGAAGAGGACGUAGAUAAUAGUGACGAUGAUGGCGAAGGUCGAAGUCGAGAACAAAACCGGAUUCAACAAAUUGAACAACAAUUACUGAAGCGACGACAGCGUCGUGAGUGGGAAGAUAAGCGGAUUAAACUCAUGUUUGAAUACACUCAGUUCAGCUAUUAUGGUAAUAGUUCAGCAUUACUAAUUUUUGAACUAGCGUGGCGUCUUUCCAAGGAUUCAAUUGAUCUUUUGUGGUGGGCAAUCGUAGGAUUGACCGAACAGUUGCUCUUGGGCAAAAUAGAAAGCUCCACGUACACAUUAGCAACGGACCGCGUUCAAUCACACGUUUCACGGUUGACUAACAAAGCUAGUGACCAGACAAUACAGACUUCAGUGAAAAUCAAUUUUGAAAACGAUCUACAUUUAGUCCUAUACAGACAUUGGAGCGUUUUAGAUUCUUUGAAAUUUUCCAUAUAUCCAGCCUGUAAGAUGAAACUUUGGACCUACAAGGGCGAGAAAGUCAUGCAUGAGUUGUUAGUGGACAUGGGACUUCCUUUGGUACACGCAAAACAAACCUUCAACGCGAUGGAUCUGGUCCUACGAAAGGAAUUCUAUGAUAAAAUGGAAAAUUUUUCGGAAAAAUACAACCUGCCCGAUAUUGUGUAUGGAUCGUUUAUAUUGCAGUACGGGUACCGAAACAAGUACUCCGCAGCAGACUAUGUCUACUCGAUGUUGGCCAUUCUCGAGUCGGUUAAAAAAGAUCGAUCACCGGAAACCUGCUUUCUCCAAUCGAUGGAUGCGUUAUCCCGGAACAACAAGCAAAUCCUAGACGAUGGCAUUGAAAUUUGCAAAACGCUUGUAUCUGCUAUUUUUAAACAGGUUCAAAGUUCACUGGAAAUGCACGCUAUAUAUUCGGCUGGUCCUUUUCUCUACUUUAUUUUGCAAGAGGAAAUUCCGUUUUUCACCUGCCCGUACGGUCUCAUCAUGCUGGCACGAUUCCUGCUGCGAGGUCACGUAGCCAUUUCCCGGAAUCGACGGGCCCGGGAGUUGCCGUUGAUAGCGGUGGCACCAAUUGAUCUGAGUCGAGGCUUCUCUCUGCUGGUCGGAACACCACCCGUGUGCGAGGAUAGCAAAAACUUUUUCGGCAAAGCGUUCGAGCAAGCGGCCCUUAAAAGUGGGGCUAUCAUUUCGCAAGAUUUUUUCGAAACCUCCGUCAUCCAAAUUCGACACUCGGACUGUACGAAAUUUCUCGAUGCGCUAACGGUGCUGUUAAGUUAGUUCAGCGUUCCUACGGAGAUAUAAAUUUUUGGUACAUUGUUGUUGUUUUUUGUAUUCGUAGGCUAAAUCGAUCUAGGCUUAUACAUAUUUAAUAGGUUAGUUUUACAAAUCGGUUUCAUUUAUUUUUACACCUGACUCACAAUAUUUAUCGAUAAAACAAGCGACAUAAAUAUAGCUCGUA